UUUUAGUGGUAGCCGCAGCACGUGUUUUGUGCACGAAAUUUUGACAAAUCGUUUCUGCUUCAAGUUCCGUUUCAUCUUUUAUUGAUUAUGCCUGCAAGGCCAUUUAAAAGAAAAGCUGUGGAAAGACUAAAGUCAAAACGCAAAAAAAAUCGAUCUUCUAAUGAUUCCGGUGCAGAUUUUGUUCAGAAAUCCAAAAAUAAGAGAGCUGCCAAAUUUUCUAAUGAAUCUGGAGAACUUAAUCCUUCUGAGGGAUCUGCUGAAAAUUUCCUACAGAAAUCCAAAACUAAAAAAGUUGUGAGAUUUUCUGAUAAAUGUGAAAAAACAAAAUCUGUGAAACAUACACCACCAUCUAGUCUAAAGAAAAAAAAGCAGAAAAAAUCUAAUACUAUUGGAAAUAUAAGAAAGAAGCAGUUGUUUGAAGCAAAUAAAGAAGAAGAGAAAACAAUAAAAAGAAUGGAAAAAUUACUGAAAUUAAAUAAAAAGAAGAAGAAGAAAUUGCCAUCUGCAUUUAAAGAUGAAGGACUUGAUUAUCUUCUUGAUGUGAUUGAAUCGAAAGAGGGUGGGAGUGCUAUUUUAUCUGAUGAUGAAAUUGGUUUAGAAGAAGAUUUAGCUACUGUAAAAGAAGCAGUCAAUGCAAAAUCAGAAUCAGAUGUAGCUAAACGUCCUGUUCCAAAACAGAGAACUCUCACUGAGCUUUUGAGAGAAAAAGAAGGAAUAGUGGAAGGAAGUUGUAGUGAAGGAGAUGAAGAUGAUCUUGAUUUUGAUUCAGAAAAUGAAGAAAAUUUAGAUUCUGAAAAAGAUUUUGGGGAAAAUGAGUCUGAUGAAAAUGAAGAUGAAGACAUAGAAAUGUUAUCUGAUGAAGAAGAGAGAGAGGAUGAAGCAGAAAUGUUAUCUGAUGAAGAGAAUGAAGAAGAAACUGAAAUGUUAUCUGAUGAAAAAGAGAAUGAAGACGAAGCAAAAAUGCUAUCUAAUAAAAAGAGGAAAAAGCCAAAAAUAUGGGAGGAUAUUUAUGGACGUUUGAGGGAUGAGUUUGGAAAUGUUAUAAAAAAUUCAGAAGCUAAUCCAUCUAAGUACAUACCCCCUAAGUUACGGAAAGAAAAUAAAAGCUCAGAUGAAUUGGAGAAUGAAGAUUGUAUGAGAAUAAAAAGACAAUUGAAAGGAUUACUUAACAGAUUAAGUGAAUCAAAUCUUCAAAGCAUAUGUCAUCAGAUAGAAGCAAUGUAUAUGAAAAACAGUCGAAAUGAUAUGAACGAGACUCUCUUUUCUUUGAUGUCUGAACUCUUAUUCACACCAUCCUUGACUCCUCCUCGACUUAUAAUGGAACAAGCUAUGUUAAUUGCUUUAUUGCAUGCUAAUGUGGGACCAGAAAUUGGUGCAUAUUUUUUGCAGCACAUUGUGGAAAAAUUAGGAGAACUUUUCAAGAAGCCUGAAAAUUAUGGUGAAGAGAAAGAAUGCAAUAAUGUGCUAAUAUUUUUGUCUCAUUUGUAUAACUUUAAGGUAACCCAUUCCACACUAAUGUUUGAUAUAUUCCAUAUCCUAAUUGAAUCAUUCAGCACUAAAGAUAUCGAGCUUAUACAACUUUUGUUAAAACAUAUUGGUUUUGUCCUGAGGAAGGAUGAUCCUUUGAAAUUGAAAGAAUUGGUAUUUUCCAUUCAAGCCAAAGCUGCUGCUUUUAACCAGGAUCAAAAUGAUUCACGAGUGAAAUUUAUGCUGGAAACUUUAACAGCAAUACGUAAUAAUAAUAUGUAUAAAAUACCAGAUUAUGAUCCUACCAUUAUUGAACACAGUAAAAAGUUCUUGAGAGGUCUAAUUCGAAAAGGUUGCUCUAUCCAAGAACUUGCUAUAUCGUAUGAGGAUCUUCUAAAAGCUGAAGAAAAAGGAAAAUGGUGGAUUGUUGGAUCAGCAUGGGCAGACUCUAAUGAUAAUGAUUCAAAAAAGGUACAAGCUGUUAAAGGAAACCAACUUAAUCUCAAAACAGAAGUGAGUGAAAAGGUCCUUGAAUUAGCUCGAAAACAACAUAUGAACACUGAUGUCAGGAAAACUAUAUUUUGCAUAAUUAUGACAGCAGAGGAUUACAUGGAUGCCUUUGAAAAGCUGCUUAAACUAAAUCUAAAAAAUCAGCAAGAAAGAGAAAUUAUUCAUGUAAUACUUCAUUGUGCAUUGCAAGAAAAGAAUUUCAACCCUUUUUAUGCUCAUUUAGCCAAGCAGUUUUGCAAUUUUGCCAGAAAACAUCAGAUAUGCUUACAGUUUGCAUUGUGGGAUAAGUUCAAAGAAUUUUCUAACAUGAAACCUCGCCAAAUGAAAAAUCUGUCUGGCUUAUUGAGUUUUUUGUUUUCAUCUGGAGCCUUGCCACUAUCAGUCUUAAAGGUGAUACAUUUCUCUGACAUGAAUAAACCCAUGGUGCGAUUCUUCAGACAAAUACUUUUAGCCAUAUUACUCAACGAUGAUGAAGAAGUGUGCGCACGCGCAUUCACUCGCAUAGCCAAAGCAGAAAACUUGAAAUUACUGCGAGAGAGCUUAAGGCUCUUUAUGCGUCACUUCGUGCUACGAGGUCAAUCAAAAUUGGAACCAGAAGUUGCCUCAAAGUUGGAGGCCAGAGUGGAAUUAGCUGAACAAGCUAUGAACUCGUUUAAGAAACGCAUUUUUUGAUUAUAGAUAUUUUUUAAUAAAUAUUGUAUAUAUUGUGUCA